AGAAAGAAGAAUAUGGCGUCACCAUGGCUUCUGGUCGCCGUGUCACUCUUAAGCAUAAGUUGUCAGAUCAUACUGAGUUGUCCCCUCGUAAAUACUUGAAGAGUGGGCAGUCCUCCAAAUUACCCAGAACGGUCAGUGAAACCACAGACCAUGGCACUGAGAGUCCCAGUGUGGCAGAGGAAAGACAUGUGAACCUGUAUACCUGUGAGGCUAUGUCUAAUGUGAAAAAGGGCUUUCAUACCAUGAAUACUGAAGAUACUUCCUCAAGCUCUCGUAGGGUUUCUUUUAGAGGCCGUUUACGGAGAAGUUGGCCUCUAUAUCAGCAGACUGACGUGCAGGAACCUGUCGAGAUCAGGGAGUCUAGGCAUUCACCUGCUUUACAAUGCAAACUUGAAACAGAGACGAAAAAAUCUCCCGUAGAUCCUGACAACAUACAGAAGGAUGACCCAAGGCGCAGAAGGCGCAGUACGCAGCCUUCCACAAUGUUGUUUAAGAAAGCUUUCCGUGACAUCAUUGGAACGCCCAUCAAAAAACAAGCUUCAACAUGCAGUUCUCCAGAGAAUGAAUGCAGCAAAAAAUCAAACAGUCUUCUCCAUAAAGUUUCUAGUGCCACUAAUGUGGACAAUAAACCUGAAGUUAACUACAGCACAGAGUCAAACCAGCCCAUCCUGAGAGAUGCAGAUAUUCUACAUUGUAGCCCAGAAAGAGAUCUCAAUCACCUGCUACAAAAGGAAAAAAAGCCCAUAGAAAAAUCAGAGCACAACCACCUGCUUGCCAAGGAAAAUGAGACCAUGGUGAUGGCUGUGCCUGACUCCAUUUACACAUACCAGCUGCCUGAACCUGCUGCAGAUAUCAAAGAGGAAACCUCCAGGCUUGUGUUUUUAUAUGAAGAUGAUAAUGAUAAAGAUCUUGGUGUGGAUAAUAACUCUGAGAAAGAUCCGUCUAUUGGAAGCGACUUUUCUGACAUAGAAGAUAUUGAGUCACUUGCAAGAUUUUCCCAGGAGGAGCAGGCUGACUCCUCCUAUCAACUGUCAGAAGCUUCCUAUCAACUAUCAGAAGCCUCUACAUCUUCUAAUUAUGUCACAUACCCGCUGCACUUGUACAGGAACUAUUCAUACAACUAUGCACAGCCCUGGACCAGCAGUCCCUUGCCCAAAGCCUGCACACAAGGGAGCACAUGGCGCCAGAAUGAGUCCAACAUCAGUCGCCUUUCUGAGCCUUCUACAGAUUUGAUUGAGAAUUCAUUCCUAAGUGCCUCCAGUGAUGGCGAUAUGUCAGGAAACCUACACCGCAAUAGAUCAGGUUCAUUUGAUACCGCAUGGAUCUGUGAGAGCGCAAAUAAACUGAUGAGGAGGCAUUCGGAUGUGCACAUUCCUGUGGACCAUUCCAAGACUCCGAAAUUCCUGCAGGAAGGAUUCAUAGAUACACAUUGCCACUUAGACAUGUUGUUCUCAAAACUGUCUUUCAGGAGCUCUUUUGCUGAGCUAAGAGAUAACUAUUCUUCCACAUUUCCCAGAGAAUUCCAAGGUUGCAUAGCAGAUUUCUGUGACCCAGGCACUUUAGAUAACAAUCAGUGGGAGCAUUUACUGGGGGAAGACAUGGUGUGGGGGGCAUUUGGUUGUCACCCUCACUUUGCACAGUAUUAUGACAGUCGGAAGCAAGAUGCGAUCAUGAAUGCAAUGAGACACCCAAAGGCUAUAGCUUAUGGGGAAAUGGGUCUGGAUUAUUCUCAUAAAUGCUCUACUACAAUACCAAUGCAACACACGGUGUUUGAGAAGCAGCUGAAGCUAGCAGUGGCCCUUGGGAAGCCUUUAGUGAUUCACUGUCGGAAUGCAGAUGAGGACUUGUUCCAGAUCUUGAAAAAGUUGGUUCCAUAUGACUACAAGAUGCAUCGUCACUGCUUUACUGGAAAUUACAACCAAAUCGAGCCAUUUCUGAAGGAGUUCCCAAACAUGUCAGUGGGAUUUACUGCCCUCUUGACAUACCCCUCUGCCGAGGAUGCCCGUGAGGCCAUGAGACAGAUCCCUCUAGAGAGGCUUAUUGUGGAAACAGAUGCCCCCUUCUUCUUGCCAAAGCAGGUGCCAAAAAGUUUUUGUAAAUUUGCUCACCCGGGUGUCGCCAUUCACACGAUUCAGGAAAUGGCUAAACAGAAGAAUUUGACGCUGGCGUCUGUACUGAGCGCUUUACGCCAAAACACCAAGCAGCUGUAUAAUGUGUAACAUGCCACUUCCGAUGCUGUGCACACAGAGCGAUUGUUUUUCGUGGAAGAUUUAAGCUAGAAUUUUUUUUUAUUCUACUACAUUUUUGCCUUGUUCCUGGUUUACCGUUGCACUAAAAAUUAGACUGAAGUUUUCACAGAACUAGCUGUGCUAUUUUCUGUUCCUUUAAAUAAGUUUUGUUUUAAAGAGCAAUCUCUAUAAAAAAAUAUUUUAUUUUUAA